UCAGCGCAGAGGAGCAGCGGGGAAGGAAGUUAUUAGUGUUCUGCGCUCCAGUUCUGCGCUGUCGGAGGAUAUCCUUCUCCUUCCAACUCUCCAAAUUCCAAGGAUUUUUCUGUUUUUCUUUCCCACUCCUCCUCCUCCGCGUCUUCGUCUCUCCAACUGGAUCAGUCCAUUUCUGCGCGUCUUUUCUUUUUUUUCUUCUUAUUUUGCGCGCGCGCGCGUGUGUGUGUGUACAGAAUUACGCAUCAUCUCUGGAAUCUCGAUCCACUGUGAUUUUUGGGAGUAAUUUCCAUCAACGUUGGUUUUAUGUAGAACUUUUCACCCUGUUGCUCACCUUUACGCGAUCUACGCUUGACAUUUAAAGGAAAACCGGACUGUUUUGUGCGAACAGUCGUGUCUCGUUGAUCAGAAACGGAAAGUUUUCUUCUUUUUUUCCUCCUCUUCCGCGCGAGGCACAUCAGCCGCUGUCACGAUGGAGAGCGAAUGCCUCCGCAUAUAGCGUGCCAAGUGUCUCUUCUGGAUUGUAGUACGCUCGUACUCGUCUUUAAACGAACACAAACUACCAGUUGAAGUUGAACCGAGGCGAUUUCUUCAGACUGCGAGUGCUGGAUUAUCGGGAGGACACUAGAGGCUCCAGUGCUCUGCGCUUUUACGCACGUUUGCGCGCCUGGAGAGCGUCAUGAAUCAGCCGUCCGGAGACGCCGCGACUUUAUGUCCUCAUCUUGAAUCCCACUUCGUGAUGUUUUGAUGCUGUUCAUUUUUGAUUUACAAAUAUGAUGAAAUGGCAGCCCCGGAAGAAGGCGUACUUCCGACAGGGUGUUGCCCUUCAGUACCUGGGCCGCCAUGCGGACGCCCUGGCCGCCUUCGCCUCGGGACUGGCACAGGAUCCCAAGAGCCUGCAGCUGCUGGUGGGAAUGGUGGAGGCCGCCAUGAAGUCCCCGCUAAGAGAAUCACUAGAGCCGACCUACCAGCAGCUGCAGAAGAUGAAGCUGGACAAGAGCCCGUUUGUGGUGGUGUCUGUGAUUGGUCAAGAGCUUCUGACCGCCUCCCAUCAUGGAGCAUCAGUGGUGGUCCUGGAGGCGGCGCUGAAGAUCGGCACCUGCAGCCUCAAACUGCGCGGCUCGGUUUUCUCGGCCCUCAGCAGCGCUUACUGGUCAUUGGGCAACACAGAGAAGAGCACCGCAUACAUGCAGCAAGACCUAGAGGUGGCCAAAACUUUAGGUGACCAGACAGGUGAAUGUCGCGCUCACGGAAACCUGGGGUCGGCCUUCUUCUCCAAGGGGAAUUAUCGCGAAGCUUUGAGCAACCACAGACACCAGCUCGUCCUGGCCAUGAAACUCAAGGACAGAGAGGCAGCAUCUUCAGCCCUCAGCAGCCUGGGUCACGUCUACACAGCCAUCGGAGACUAUCCUAACGCUCUGGCCAGCCACAAGCAGUGCGUCCUGCUGGCCAAACAGUCCAAAGACCAGCUGUCUGAAGCUCGUGAGCUGGGCAACAUGGGCGCAGUCUACAUCGCGAUGGGCGAUUUUGACAACGCUGUGCAGUGCCACGAGCAGCACCUGAGCAUCGCUAAGAGCCUCGGCAACAAGCGCGAGGAGGCCCGAGCCUACAGCAACUUGGGUAGCGCUUACCACUAUCGCCGCAACUUCGACAAGGCCAUGUCCUACCACACUCACGUGCUGGAGCUGGCGCAGGAGCUUGAGGAGAAGAGCAUCGAGAUGAGGGCGUACGCCGGCCUGGGACACGCUGCCCGCUGCAUGCAGGACCUGGAGAGAGCCAAGCAGUACCAUGAACAGCAGCUGAGCAUCGCUGAAGGCCUGAAGGACAGAGCUGCCGAGGGCAGGGCUUCAUCUAACUUGGGAAUCAUUCACCAGAUGAAAGGGGACUAUGAGACAGCUCUGAAGCUGCACAAGGCUCAUCUAUCCAUUGCCCAGGAGCUAAACGACUACGCUGCCCAAGGCAGAGCCUACGGAAACAUGGGCAACGCUUACAAUGCCCUCGGUGCUUUUGACCAGGCUGUGCGUUAUCAUCGACAAGAGCUGCAGAUUUCCAUGGAGGUUAAUGAUCGUGCCUCACAGGCUUCAACGCAUGGGAACCUGGCUGUGGCAUACCAGGCUCUGGGUGCACACGAUCGAGCGUUGCAACAUUACCAGAAUCAUUUGAACAUUGCUCGAGAGUUGAGGGACAUCCAGAGCGAGGCUAGGGCUUUGGGUAACCUGGGUAAUUUCCACUGCUCUCGGGGUGAGUUUCCCCAAGCUGUUCCCUACUAUGAACAGUACUUACGACUUUCGCCGGACUUGCAAGAUAUGGAAAGUGAAGGCAAGGUCUGUCACAACUUGGGAUAUGCACAUUACUGUCUGGGCAACUUCCAGGAAGCGGUGAAGUACUACGAACAAGACCUGGCACUUGCCAAGGACCUCCAUGACAAGCUAAGUCAAGCCAAAGCCUACUGCAAUCUGGGCCUGGCCUUCAAGGCACUUGGUGACUACACCAAGGCAGAGGAGUGCCAGAAGUACCUUCUUUCCUUGGCACAGUCGCUAAACAACUCGCAGGCUCGAUUCCGUGCCUUGGGCAACCUGGGAGAUAUCUUCCUUUGUAAGAAAGACGUUCCUGGAGCUGUUAAGUUUUACGAGCAGCAGUUAUCUUUGGCACAUCAGGUCAAGGAUCGCAAGAUGGAGGCGAAUGCCUAUGCCGCAUUGGGAGCCGCCUACCGAAUGCUACAGAAGUUUGACAAAGCCUUAGGAUACCACACCCAGGAACUAGAGGUGUACCAGGAACUGGGUGACAUCCAGGGAGAGUGCCAGGCUCACGGACACCUUGCAGCUGUAUACAUGUCACUUGGGAAGUACACAAUGGCUUUCAAAUGCUACGAGGAACAGCUUGAGCUUGGUCAGCGUCUGAAGGACCCCAGUGUUGAAGCCCAGGUCUAUGGUAACAUGGGCAUCACUAAGAUGAACAUGGGAGUAAUGGAGGAGGCUAUUGGUUACUUUGAGCAACAGUUGGCAAUGUUGCAGCAGCUCAGUGGCAACGAGGCUGUUCUGGACCGUGGUCGUGCCUACGGGAACUUGGGAGACUGCUACGACUCACUGGGGGAUUUUGAAGAGGCAAUAAAGUAUUAUGACCAGUAUCUCUCCGUAGCACAAAGCCUCAGUCAUAUGCAGGACCAGGAGAAGGCAUACAGAGGUCUCGGUAAUGGACACAGGGCGAUGGGGAACCUUCAGCAGUCUCUGGUGUGUUUUGAGAAGCGGUUGGUGGUGGCACAUGAACUUGGAGAGUGCGGAGGAAAAGCUCAAGCUUACGGAGAACUGGGCAGCUUGCACAGCCAGCUGGGGAACUACGAGCAGGCCAUCUCAUGCCUGGAACGGCAGCUCGGCAUCGCCCGUGACACCCAAGAUCGAUUGCUGGAGGGUGACGCCAGCUGUGGCCUGGGCGCUGUUUAUCAGCUGAUGGGCGAACACGACACAGCUCUUCAGUUUCACCAACUGGAUCUCCAAAUCGCAGAAGAAACAGGCAACGCCAGCUGUCAAGGUCGGGCCUACGGUAAUCUGGGACUCACUUAUGAGUCUCUGGGAAAUUUCGAGCGUGCAGUGGUUUACCAGGAGCAGCAUCUGAGCAUCGCAGCACAGACCAAUGACCUGGUGGCCAAAACUCUGGCUUACAGCAGUCUGGGACGAACACAUCACGCUCUGCAGAACUACUCGCAGUCCGUCAUGUACCUGCAGGAAGGUCUGCGUCUCGCCGAGCAGCUGGGCCGUCGGGAGGACGAGGCCAAAAUCCGACACCGUCUGGGUCUCUCGCUGUGGGCCAGUGGCAAUCUGGAGGAAUCCCAGCACCAGCUGUACCGUGCGUCGGCUCUAUUCGAGACCAUUCGUCAUGAAGCCCAGCACAGCACCGACUACAAGCUCUCCCUGUUCGACCUGCAGACCUCCUCGUACCAGGCUCUCCAGAGGGUCCUUGUCAGCCUUGGUCACCAUGAUGAAGCUCUAGCUGUGGCGGAACGUGGACGCACUCGGGCCUUCGCUGACCUGCUGGUGGAGAGACAGACGGGUCAGCAGGACUCAGACCCCUACACCCCUGUGACGGUGGAGCACAUUCUGGACACUGUGAACGGGCAGCGGGCUCUGGUGCUCUACUUCUCCUUGGCGGCUGGAUAUCUGUACAGCUGGCUCCUGGCUCCGGGAUCCGGUAUCCUGAAGUUUCAUGAGGUGUAUCUGGGUGAGGGCGCAUCAGAGGGUGGAGCUUCAGACUUCCAGGAGGGCGGAGCCUGUACAUCCGCAGCCAGCAGCUGUGGAGGCUCGUCUCUAGAGCAGCACAUCACUAAUGCACGUGAAGCCCUGGGUGUGGACUCUUACUACAGCAGAGCGUGUUCCAGCAGCGAGACGGAGAGUGAAGCAGGUGACCUUCUGGACCAGCAGUUUGAAGAACUCAAUAAUAAACUCAACUCAGUGACCGACCCCACUGGCUUUCUGAGGAUGGUUUCCAGAAACAACCUCUUUAACAGGAGUUGUCAGAGCAUGACGAGUCUCUUCAGUAAUACAGUGUCUCCGGUGAAGGAGGGCACAUCGUCUCUGCCCCGUCGCACUAGUGCCCUCAGCAAACCUCCGCUACGAGCCCUUUAUGACCUACUUGUCGCCCCAAUGGAGGGGGGUCUAAUGCAUUCCAGUGGUCCAGUGGGGCGGCACAGGCAGCUGGUUCUGGUUCUGGAGGGCGAGUUGUAUCUAAUCCCAUUUGCUCUGCUGAAGGGAAGCUCAUCUAAUGAGUAUCUGUAUGAGCGCUUCAGUCUCAUCGCCGUACCGUCCAUCGGCAGUCUGGGGACCACAGCUAAAGUUCAUCCUCGGCGGACUGGUCCUGUUCUAUGUAAUGGAGGAAGCUCCAUGGCUGCAGUGGUUGGAAACCCUCGUCUGCCACCAUCAGUGAUGGACCGCUGGCUGUGGGGUCCGAUGCCCACUGCUGAGGAGGAAGCUCAUAUGGUGGCUGAUCUUCUAGGCUGUCAGCCGCUGGCCGGUCCUGCCGCUACAAAAGAACGGGUUAUGAGCGCUCUCACCCAAGCAGAGUGCGCCCAUUUCGCCACGCAUAUCUCCUGGAAACUGGCAGCCCUGGUCCUGACGCCCAGCCAGGACAGCAGCUCAGGAUCUGUGGCGGCCGCUUCAGGUGGAGAGAGUGGAGGAAAGUCAAACUACACCAUCCCGGAGAGUCUGCGCGUGCCGGACGACGCUAGCGAUGCGGAAAGCAUCUGUGACAGCCCGCCGCUGCAAGAGUUUCUGCUCACCGCCGCAGAUAUCCUUGAUCUCAGGCUGCCCACUAAACUUGUUGUACUGGGCUCGUACCAGGAGUCUGAUAGUAAAGUGACUGCGGAUGGGGUGGUUGGUUUGACGAGGGCUUUCCUGGCGGCUGGAGCUCAGUGUGUGCUGGUGUCUUUAUGGCCAGUUCCUGUUGCAGCCUCCAAGAUGUUUGUCCAUGCGUUCUACAGUGCUCUGCUCAAUGGGACCAAGGCCAGCGCAGCGCUUGCCGACGCUAUGAAGACUGUUCAGAGUAGCAAACAGUUCUCACACCCGUCCAACUGGGCAGGCUUUAUGCUGAUUGGGAGUGAUGUGAAACUGAACAGCCCGUCAUCUCUUAUUGGUCAGGCUCUGGCUGAGAUCCUGCAGUAUCCAGAGAAAGCCAGAGAUGCCCUGAGGGUUCUCCUACACCUGGUGGAGAAAUCUCUCCAGCGCAUUCAGAAUGGCCAGAGGAACUCCAUGUACACGUCUCAGCAGAGUGUGGAGAAUAAAGUGGGUGGCGUCCCUGGCUGGCAGGCUCUUCUGACAGCAGUGGGAUUCAGACUUGACUCGGCUGGAACGGGCCUCCCCGCCGCCGUCUUCUUCCCCACCACAGACCCUGGAGACCGACUGCAGCAAUGCAGCACCACCCUACAGUCACUGCUGGGUCUGCCCCCUCCUGCUCUGCAGGCAUUGUGUAAACUGAUCACGGCUUCAGAAACCGGAGAACAGCUGAUCAACCGGGCUGUUAAAAAUGUAGUGGGAAUGCUCCAUCAGGUUUUGGUGCAGUUGCAGUCUGGAGAGAAGGAGCAGGAUUUCUCUCUCGCACCCAUCCAAGUGUCCAUCAGCGUGCAGCUCUGGAGACUUCCUGGCUGUCACGAGUUUCUGGCUGCUUUGGGGUUUGACCUGUGUGAGGUCGGUCAGGAGGAGGUGGUGUUGAAGACGGGCAAACAGGCCAACCGUCGCACUAUGCACUUUGCCCUGCAGUCGCUGCUGGCACUGUUUGACUCUACUGAGCUUCCGAAGCGUCUGAGCCUGGAUAGUUCAUCGUCUCUAGAGUCUCUGGCCUCUGCACAGUCUGUGUCCCACCAGCUGCCAAUGGGCUACCCCAACCCUCCCUUUUCUCCUCCAUGCCCUGACAGCCUGGCUUCGGAUGCCAUCUCGGUCUACAGCCUGAGCUCCAUUGCCUCCUCCAUGAGCUUCCUAUCCCGUCCUGAGGGUGCGUCCGAGUUUAUCAGUCAACGCUCAAGGCAGCAGGAACUGGAGCGGCAUCGAGGCGGAGCUGGGCUGUUCGCAUCCCACCGGCACACGGUAGUUCCUCGCAGCCGCUCAUCUCCACAUGGAGCUGUUGGAGGACAUGAGGAUGAAGAGUACGAAGGAUACAGUAUAAUCAGUAGCGAGCCACUAGGUAGCCAAUGUGACACACUCCCUCGUCCUGCAAACCACAGAAACCAUCGAGGUGCUGCACGUGGUGGGGCCGGUAGAGGUUAUGCGGUGUCCGUGUCCUCCAGGGGCAGUGUAAGCACCCCAACAUCUCCUGUCAAAGCCACUUUGGUUCCCAGUCCCAACUCGCCCUUCCAAAAGGUUGGGAAGGUGAGCAGCUCCGACACAGGGGAGUCUGAUCAGUCCAGCACAGAGACGGACAGCACUGUGAAAUCCCAAGAGGAACGCACGCCCGGAGCUCCUUUGGACCCGCAAGAACUGGCACAGAAGAUUCUGGAAGAAACGCAAAGCCACAUGCGAGCUGUUGAGACGUUGCAGAGAAGUGUGCCUCUGGGUGACGGGAUGAGUGGUGGAGGUCCCCCGACCCCAACAGGAGGGUCUGCUUUCCGAUCUUCGGAAACAAGUGCAUUCAGUCGACCUAGUAGCAGGGCAAGCAUUAAGGCACAGUCAUCGCCUCUCCAGACACGUCCCAAACCACCAUCCCGAACGUCCUCCCUCCAGAAGAUCAGCUCGGGAUACAACAGUCCUGCCACAUCUGAAACAUCUCUUAAAGAAGGCAGCCAACCUUCACCUACUUCUGACAGUCAUGCCCAGUUUAAACUCAAGUAUCCAAGCUCGCCCUACAGUGGCCACAUCUCCCGGUCACCUAGCAACAUCUCACCUAGCUCGGGUCACCAGUCGCCUGCUGGGAGUGCCCCCUCUCCGGCUCUGUCCUACUCCUCCACUGGCUCAACACGCUCUAGCCCGGCAGAUGCUCCAGAUAUUGACAGAAUCAAACUGGCGGCAAUUGACGAGAAAGUCCAAGCGAUCCACAAUCUUAAGACCUUCUGGGCCAACGCAACCCAACAGCAGCACUCGGGACCAAUGCGGGCGCUACACGGCGGAAAACUGAGCACCGCCAAACGGGAUGUUCUUGGUCUUUUGAACCUCUCACCCCGGCAUAGCAUGACAGGUCAGGAUUCCCCCAACCAGAAUGUGGCACCCGAGCACAGAAAUCCUCCUAACGGCCAUCGCAAGAUCGAUCCUAAGAGAGUUGCACCUUCUCCAACAGCUUCCACCAGAAGCAGUCCAGGUUUGCAACCCAUCCGACUGCCUACAGGGAACGGCUACAAGUUCUUGUCACCAGGACGGUUCUUCCCUUCAUCUAAAUGUUGAGAUUCUGUCCCCCCAUGACUGGCUUCUCUUGAUAAAGGAAUAUUUGGAGUAUUUAUAACUCUUGAAAACAGUGAAAAGGACAGUCUGGGUUAGGAAGUACACAUUCCCAGAAGCCUCAAACUGCCUACUGUUUUAUUUUCUGUGCAGAGCAUAUAAUCCUUAUGCUUCCACCUACACUGUAAAGGACCAUUUAUAUACACAGACUGAUCUUAGACUUGCACAAGGCAUGUCAGACUAAAAAAAGAGAUUAUACCAAAAUGGUAUUUCAAGAAAAAAGACAAAAAGGCUCGCUGUUUGUGUUAGUGAAGAUGAUGCGGCUUUGACUGGUUUAUUUCUUUUGAUUUUAAUUUUUUUUGGUUGGUUUUGUUUCAUUUUUAAAAUUUAAUUAUUGUUAUUGUUAUUAUUAUUAUUAUGGAUGGUAAUUGUUAUUACAGUUGUUUGUUUUGUAAAUUAAAACAAUGUUUUGCAAUCAGUAUUAUACGUUUUUAUAUUGUUAAAGAAGCAAACCAUGCACAAAAAAAAGUCGAAAAACAUUUUCAUAUUUUUAUUGAGAUGGUGGCGACGCACCUGACCUGACUUCUAUGUGAAUUGAGUGUCAGUAUUACAGCAUGGGUUCUCUUGCUCUCCAGUGAUUCAUUGUCUUUUUAACAGAUUUUGCAUAUGUGGACUCUCAUCAUGACAUAUCUCAGUCAUUUCUCAGUAAAAUGGUCUCAAUAAAAAGUUUAAUUUA